GAAACUUUUCCCAAUCCCUAAAAGGGACUUCGCUGCUUUUUCCGGGCUUGGCCGGGCAGCCUCUCCGGACCCCGGCUCGCUGACGCCGCGGACGGCCUCUCCGCCGCCGGGGCCGCGAGAGCAGCCGUCCCCUCGGCCGCCGCCGCCGCCGCUCCGCGGUCACGCGUGGCGCCCUGCCCUGGCCGCCGGCUCGGGGCGGCCACCCGCGGGACCGCGAGCGCGCGCGGCCGGAGGGUGGGGAGGGGAGGCCGCCCGGGGCGCGCCCUCCAGGAUGCUGAGCCGCCCGGUCGGCUGAAGCCGAGCGCCGGCGCCUUCCGCGCGUGGCCCGCGGGGCCGCCCGCGCCGCCCGGGGGGCCCCGAGCCUCCCCGCUCUCCCGCCCCGGGCCUCGCCCGCCGCGGGCCGCAGUCGGUGCGCGCGGGGCGGCGGCCGGGCGCCGGGGACGCAGCAUGCAGGCGCGCUACUCCGUGUCGGACCCCAACGCCCUGGGAGUGGUGCCCUACCUGAGCGAGCAGAACUACUACCGGGCGGCGGGCGGCUACGGGGGCAUGGCCAGCCCCAUGGGCGUCUACCCCGGCCACCCCGAGCAGUACGGCGCCGGCAUGGGCCGCUCCUACGCGCCCUACCACCACCAGCCCGCGGCGCCCAAGGACCUGGUGAAGCCGCCCUACAGCUACAUCGCGCUCAUCACCAUGGCGAUCCAGAACGCCCCCGAGAAGAAGAUCACCCUGAACGGCAUCUACCAGUUCAUCAUGGACCGCUUCCCCUUCUACCGCGAGAACAAGCAGGGCUGGCAGAACAGCAUCCGCCACAACCUGUCGCUCAACGAGUGCUUCGUCAAGGUGCCGCGCGACGACAAGAAGCCGGGCAAGGGCAGCUACUGGACGCUCGACCCGGACUCCUACAACAUGUUCGAGAACGGCAGCUUCCUGCGCCGCCGCAGGCGCUUCAAGAAGAAGGACGUGCCCAAGGACAAGGAGGAGCGGGCCCACGCCAAGGAGCCGCCCCCGGCCGCGGCCAAGGGCGCCCCGGCGGCGGGGACCCCGCUGCUGGCCGACGGGCCCAAGGAGGCGGAGAAGAAGGUGGUGGUGAAGAGCGAGGCGGCGUCGCCCGCGCUGCCCGUCAUCACCAAGGUGGAGACGCUGAGCCCCGAGGGCGCCGUGCGGGCCAGCCCCCGCAGCGCCGCCUCCACGCCCGCCGGCUCCCCCGACGGCUCGCUGCCCGAGCACCACGCCGCCGCGGCGCCCAACGGGCUGCCGGGCUUCAGCGUCGAGACCAUCAUGACGCUGCGCACGUCGCCCCCGGGGGGCGAGCUGAGCCCGGCGGCGGCGCGCGCCGCGGGCCUGGUGGUGCCGCCGCUGGCGCUGCCCUACGGCGCGGCGCCGCCCGCCGCCUACGCGCAGCCGUGCGCGCAGGGCCUGGAGGCGGCGGCGGCGGGAGGCCCCGCGGGCUACCAGUGCAGCAUGCGGGCCAUGAGCCUCUACACCGGGGCGGAACGGCCCGCGCACGUGUGCGUCCCGCCCGCGCUGGACGACGCCCUGUCGGACCACCCGAGCGGCCCCGGCUCCCCGCUCGGCGCCCUCAACCUCGCGCCGGCGGGCCAGGAGGGCGCGCUGGGGGCCUCGGGCGGCCACCACCACCAGCACCACGGCCACCUCCACCCGCAGGCGCCGCCGCCGCCGCCGCCCGCGCCGCAGCCCCCGCCCGCGCCGCAGCCCGCCGCCCAGGCCACCUCCUGGUACCUGAACCACGGCGGGGACCUGAGCCACCUGCCCGGCCACACGUUCGCGGCCCAGCAGCAAACUUUCCCCAACGUCCGGGAGAUGUUCAACUCGCACCGCCUGGGACUGGACAGCUCGGGCCUCGGCGAGUCGCAGGUGAGCAAUGCCGCCAGCUGUCAGCUGCCCUACCGAGCCGCGCCGUCCCUCUACCGCCACUCGGCCCCCUACUCCUACGACUGCACCAAGUACUGAGGCGUCCAGGUCGCCCGCCCGUGCCCCGGGCCCGCCCCGGCUUCGCCUCCCCGCGGGACCCCUCCUCGACCGAGCCGCAGAAAGCGACGGAACGCGCCCCUCUCUCAGACCCGGGAGCGGAGAGCCCCGUGCAACUCGCAGGUAACUUACCCGCAGCUCGGUGUCUGGGAUCCCAGCGAGUCCCUCUCGCCGGGACGCGGCCCAGCCAAACGAAAUACCGCUUUAGAAAAAAAUUGAAUAAAAUAUCCCCUUCCCGUACCCGGAUGCUGCGCUCGCUCCCCUUGGGCCUUCACAGAUUAGCUUGUGGACCAAACCCCACAGGGACCCCUAAUGGCUUUCUGUGGAGACCCCCCAGGGGCGCAUGAGGUCUCCGGAGAGUGUCUUCUGUAACCGAGUGCGAGUGCGGAUGAGUAGCCAGGCUGUUUUGCUGUUGCCCAGAGCCUUUAAUAUAAUAUUUAAAGUUGUGUCCACUGGAUAAGGUUUCGUCUUGCCCGACCGUUUCUGCCAAAUUGAAUUCAAGAAACCUAUGUGGGUUUUCUCCCCACAGUACCGUGAUGAAUAGGUUCCCCCCCCCAACUGUAGGUCUUUUACAAAAACAAGAAAAUAAUUAUUUAUUUUUUUGUUGUUGAAUGACGAGGUCAAGUAUCUGAUACUUUGAAUUUAGGAAGUAGAUGGCUUUGUACAGUAGACGCCAUCUGGAGUAUUCCUAAAAGACACGAAAAGACUUUUAAAAAUUCAACUUCAUCUGUGUUUGUUUUAUGUGGUCUCAGUGUUGUAUUUACCUUAAAAUAAACCCAUGUUGUUUUUCUGCCCAAA